AUGCCUGUCGUCACUCCAGACAAGCUGGCAAGUCUGCAAAGACAGUCCAACGAUAUUCGAAAUAUUUGCAUUUUGGCUCACGUUGAUCAUGGCAAAACCUCACUUACUGAUGCUCUACUUGCCACAAAUGGCAUCAUCUCACCAAAGCUGGCUGGAAAGAUCCGCUAUCUUGACUCCAGACCUGAUGAGCAGACCCGAGGAAUCACAAUGGAGUCUUCUGCCAUCUCACUUUACUUCGCCAUGCGCCGGAAAGCAGCCGCCGAUGCUGAGCCUGAGGACAAGGAGUAUCUUAUCAACCUGAUCGAUUCACCUGGACAUAUCGAUUUCAGUUCAGAGGUCUCAACGGCCUCAAGAUUGUGUGACGGCGCUGUUGUUCUUGUUGAUGCCGUUGAGGGAGUCUGCAGUCAAACAGUCACCGUGCUUCGCCAGACAUGGACUGAGAAGCUAAAGCCCUUACUCGUCAUCAACAAGAUAGAUCGACUCGUUACUGAACUUAAGAUGACCCCCGGAGAAGCAUAUAUCCACUUGAAUAAGCUGCUAGAGCAGGUGAACGCCGUGCUAGGAAGCUUCUUCCAGGGUGAGCGUAUGGAGGAGGAUCUCAACUGGAGAGAAAGAAUGGAAGAGCGAGUAAACGCAGCCACAGCAGCCAAGGAAUCAGCAAUUGCCGAUCAAGUCAGCGAUACUGGAGAGGUUACGUUCGAAGAAAAGGACGACGAAGACAUUUAUUUUGCACCCGAGAAGAACAACGUCAUUUUCAGCAGUGCCAUUGACGGAUGGGCUUUUACUUGCAGACAAUUUGCCGCCAUGUAUGAGAAGAAGCUCGGCAUCAAGCGUGGAAUCAUGGAAAAGGUUCUAUGGGGAAACUUUUACCUGGACCCGAAGACGAAGAAGAUUUUGGGCCCCAAGCAUCUGAAGGGGAGGAACCUGAAGCCUCUGUUUGUACAAUUGGUUCUCGAGCCCGUGUGGACAGUUUACCAAGCGACAGUAGGUGGCGACAACGGCCAGGGUGAUCGAGAGCUGCUGGACAAAGUCACAAAGUCCCUUAAUAUCAAGAUCACCCCCCACAUGCUCAAGUCCCGCGAUCAGAAGCUUCUCAUGACGACCGUCUUCGCCAGCUGGCUCCCCUUGUCGACAGCACUACUGGUUUCUGUCAUUGAAUCCCUACCAUCCCCUCCAACUGCUCAAGCUGCACGUCUUCCUGAAAUGAUCCAAGAGUCUCCAGGAUCUGAGCACAUUGACCAGACCAUCAAAGACUCCAUGGUUUCAUUCAAGCAUGAAAAGUCUGACCCUGUGGUUGCCUAUGUCAGUAAGAUGGUUUCUAUUCCCGAAAGCGAGCUUCCUGAGAAUAAGCGACGCACCGGAACUCAGAUGAGUGGCGAAGAGGCUCGGGAGCUCGCACGUAAGAAGAGAGCUGAAGCAGCUAGAGCUCUGGCCGAAGCUGGUGAAAACAACGUUGACAACAUGGUGACAUCAAUGGAUGCCAUCAACCUCGACGAUUACGCCCCUGCAUUGGAGGAGAAGAAGGUUGAUCCUGAGCAUCUUAUUGGCUUCGCUCGUAUUUACUCUGGAACUCUGUCUGUUGGCGAUAAGCUCUAUGUAAUUCCUCCUAAAUGGUCACCUGCUGAGCCAAACGCUGCUCCUGGGCCUCAGGAGGUUACAGUUACUGCGCUUUACAUGCUCAUGGGACGAAACCUGGAGGCUCUUGAUUCAGUUCCCGCUGGUUGUGUCUUUGGUAUUGGUGGUCUUGAGGGUAAGAUUCUCAAGUCUGGCACUUUGUGCAGUCGUCGCGAAGGCGCUGUCAACCUUGCAGGUGUCACUAUGCUGGGCAAACCCAUUGUUCGUGUCGCGCUGGAACCAGUGAACCCUGCCGAUCUCGACAAGAUGAUUCAUGGUCUCAAGCUCCUCGUACAGAGUGAUCCUUGUGCAGAGUAUGAGCUUCUCUCCAGCGGCGAACAUGUCUUGUUGACUGCUGGUGAAUUGCAUCUCGAACGAUGCUUGACUGAUUUACAGGAGCGAUUUGCUCUUUGCGAGAUUCAGCCCGGUGCUCCUAUUGUUCCCUACCGGGAGACAAUCGUUAGAGCCGAAGAGAUGCGACCUCCCGUGAACAAGGAGCUGGGCCGUGGUGCUGUUGUUGCCACCACAAGCUCAAAGCAAGUUACUAUCUCGCUCCGGGUCCUACCAAUCCCUGAGAAUGUGACCGAUUUUCUCCUGAAGAAUGGAGACGCCGUCAAGCGAGUCUACGAUCGUAAGGCCGGAACCGAAGGAGAGGAAGAUGAGAUUACCGCCGAAGCGGAUAUCGCAGCUGGAAACACUUUGUCCGUGGAGGACUUCAAAAAGCAACUUAAGGAGAAGCUUGAGAUUGGCAAGGGCAGGGAUGCCUGGAAAGACUCUAUUGAUAAGAUUGUGGCAUUUGGACCUCGGCGAACUGGGCCCAACUUGCUUAUCGAUGCUACUGCAGAUGGUAUUUUUUCCAAGGCUUUUGCCACCGAGAAGGUGGUCGAGACUGCUCCCCGCGCAGAUGAGUCUCUUCACCCUAGCCAUCUAACAGACAAGAUCUCCUACGCCUUCCAACUUGCCUCGGCUCAGGGCCCCCUUUGCCAUGAGCCGCUCCAAGGUGUUGCUGUCUUUGUCGAGGACGUCAACCUGAACGUUGCCGAAGACGACGCCCCAGUUCGAGAUACACUGGGCCGUCUGACUGGUGAGAUCAUCAGGACAUUUCAAUCUUCUCUCCGUGCAGGCUUUAUGGACUGGUCUCCUCGUCUCAUGCUCGCUAUGUACAGUGUCGAGAUCCAAGCAUCUACAGAAGUCCUCGGGCGUGUGUAUGAUGUCUUGACCCGCCGUCGGGGCCGGGUCAAUGCAGAGCUCAUGAAAGAAGGUACACCAUUUUUCACAAUUCAAGCCCUGGUCCCUGUGGCCGAGAGUUUCGGAUUUGCAGAUGAGAUGCGUAAGCGUACCAGUGGCGCUGCUCAGCCGCAGCUCAUCUUUGCAGGCUUUGAGAUCCUUGAUGAAGAUCCUUUCUGGGUACCUUUCACGGAAGACGAUCUCGAGGAUCUUGGUGAGCUGGCCGACAAGGAGAAUGUGGCCAAGCGAUAUAUGGACGGUGUAAGGAGGAAGAAGGGACUGCUUGUUGAGGGAAGGAAUGUUGCCACAGAUGCCGAGAAGCAAAAGACACUGAAGAGGUAG